AUGCCGGACAGUGGAAACAUCCAGCUGGAUACACUCCAGCACCAAGACCGUUCGCAACAGGCCGCCUCUCGGUAUGGGGAACGAUUGCAAUCGCCGGAACAAGAAGAGGGUUCUGUGGAGUAUCCCAGUCUCUUUCGCGUGAUUCUGAUCACCCUGGGAGUCGCGCUCUGCUCCUUCUGUGUUGGACUCGAUAAUACGAUCCUGGCAACGGCGAUUCCUAAGAUCACCUCCGAGUUCAACUCCCUCGAAGACAUGAGCUGGUAUGUCAGCGCCUAUAUGCUGGUCACGUCCGCCUUCACCCUCUCCUUUGGCAAGAUUUACACCUACUACUCCGUCAAAUUUACCUACUUAAUCUCUCUCGGGUUGUUCGAACUGGGGUCGCUGAUCUGCGCCGUUACCCCAUCCUCGGCAGGAUUGAUCGUAGGCAGAGCUAUCGCGGGCUUCGGAUCCGCUGGGCUCUUUCCUGGCUCGGUGAUCAUCUUGAGCCGCAUCGCGCCUCUGCACCAGCGGCCGCUAUUGAUUGCUUUCAUUGGCAUCAUGUCGGGCAUUGCCACGGUAACUGGACCUCUACUAGGCGGUGUCUUCACCGAUCGACUGUCAUGGCGAUGGUGCUUUUACAUUAACCUUCCUAUUGGUGGUGUCACCGCAGUCGUGGUUUUCCUCUUCCUGAAAAACAGUAAGGUGAAGGAGAAUGUACCCACCAGUCAGAAAAUCAAGGGGUUAGACUGGAUCGGCACUGUGGUCUUCAUCCCGGCGAUUGUUUCGCUGCUCCUGGCGCUUCAGUGGGCUGGCGCACGAUAUAACUGGCAGAACGUGCGGAUCAUCAUGCUAUUCAUUAUUGCCGGAGUGCUGGGGAUGAUGUGGGUGUUGAUCCAACGCUGGAAGCAGGAGGAGGCCACUAUUCCCCCGAGACUGAUGCAGCGGCGGAGCAUGGUUGGCACCUGUAUCUACACUGUCCCCUUCGUUGGCUGCGUGAUAGUAUUCGGAUACUACCUCCCCAUAUGGUUCCAGUCUGUCAAGGGCGUGUCGGCCUCCCAGUCCGGCAUUAUGAAUCUGCCUACCGUGGUUGGAAUGAUUGUGGUCGGCCUUCUAUCUAGCUUGUUAAUAUCGAAGGUUGGAUACAUGGUGCCCUUCCUGGUCUUGGGAUCAGCCAUGCUGGCUGUAGGUGCCGGUCUCUGCUCGACCUUUCAGCGCAGCUCGGGAUCUUCUGCAUGGAUUGGAUAUCAGGCAAUGAUUGGAAUGGGAUCUGGCUUGGGAUACCAGCUACCUCUGCUGGUCAUCCAGGCCGACAUCCCUACAGCCGAUGUUCCAGUAGCUACGGCGGUCGUGAUCUUCAUGCAGAACCUCGCGGGCUCCAUCUUCAGUGCCAUUGCCCAAAAUGUCUUCCAGAAUCAAUUGGCAAAAAGCGUGCAGACCUUGGCUCCCUCCGUGAAUCCGAAGUCGGUUCUUGAUGGUGGCACCUAUGCUCUGUCCGACCGAUUCCCCUCGGAUGUGCUGCCGUCAAUCCUGCAAGCGUACAACACCGCUGUCACCCAUACAUUUUAUGUUGGAGUGGCUGCAGCCUCUCUGUCCGUAUUUGGGGCGUUCAUUGUGCGAUGGAACGUGUCGGUCAAGAAGAAGGUACCCCCAGAGCCGCCGGUGCCAGGAAGUUCUCAUUCUGGUGCGGAGAGAGAUAACAAGGGCAGCACCUAG